UUAUUAUCGAACGCAGGUGAUUUUUGUAGACGUGUGGAUGUGGAUCCCGUCAUUUCGUGGAAUAUAGGAAUAUAGGAUAGACCGGGAUAGACGCGGAUAGGACACUUUGUGCCGACAGGUACCUGCAUUCGAUAGUACCCGGAUAUUUUUUAACAACAGGUGCUUGCUAUCAAAGAAACACCACGGCUGAAUAUGCCACAUAGCGAGGAAUAUAUUAAAGACAAAGUGACCAAGGGAUUGAAAGCUAUACACGUGGAAGUAGUGGAUCAAUCCGACGGUUGCGGUGCGAAAUUUUCAGUAUUUGUCGUUUCUGACUUGUUCCAAGGGAAGCCGUUACUGGUACGCCACAGGCUUGUCUAUGGAGUUUUAGAAGAAGAACUGAAGACAAUUCACGCCAUUUCGCUAACAACAUUAACGCCAGAACAAUGGGAAAAAACGAAAAGCUGACUGUCGAAUCUUGUUAAA